CCGCGACUUUCACACUGGCAGUUAGAUACAAAGUUAGACCGACCUGUUGCAUCUUUUCUUCAAUAGCGUGGUCUUCGCAUUUUAUUCUCUUACCAUCUCCGCAUCACCCUACAGCUGCUGCGCCCUCCUACACCGACCCGGUACGUGAAACGUGAUGGCGACUUUCACCUUCGGCCGAUACAAUCCAGGAUGAAACCCUUGAAAAAUCACCCUCCCAAGUCUUCUCGCGAUACAAAGAUAAUGCCCUCCUGGAGGCGACAGUUAUGCAGCCAAUGAGAAAGAGGAGGGACCUUGGCGAGACAAAGGUGUUGAAAAAAUGAGAAGGCUUAAAAGUUGCAGGCGAUCGGGAUUUCUGCAGGAUAAUCUAUUUAUUAGAUAUCUCGGCGUGGACAAUGAAGGUGCCGACGGUGCUUUCAUGUGCUUCUUGGUAACACGGCUUUGCAAUAAAUAUAGCGAGUUGUGCACCUCCGGCGAAGAAAAUGCAACGCAGCUUAUCGACCUUUGCGCCGUCGCAGUUGUCGCAUGUGGACGACGCCAUCAAGCCUCCUUUGGUCUCUACCGGCCUCGCUGCUCCUUCUCCUCUGCCUACUACAGAGCCAGCACCUCCCCGGGAAGGCGACAGUAAUUGAAUUUCAAUCUGAGGAAACAAGCUGCGCAACCUCAUUCCAGGGCUCAAUACUAUUUUUUAGUGGGGGGAGGGGUUCUCCACAGAAGUUGAGAGAAAUUUGUGGAUACUCAGACCUGAAACUUCGUUCAUAUCUACCCAGAUGCUAGCAGCUUCAUACCUAUCUACAGCUUUCAGCUUCAAGAAUAGUUGUCCCUGUUGUCCGUUUGGUGGGUUUCAGGUGCUAGUAUCAUCCCUGCUUCCGGACUCACAAGUCGUGUGAUGAGACGGUCUCGUCCAUCGGCUGCAUGCUGGUGAAGAUAGUAAUGUCGG